AUGGCUGAUAUUCAGGGGAAAUUUAAAGAGCAAUGUAUAGUUCCCGAUGUAGUCAACAUGGCUCCAACGGAAUUAAUAACUGUUGAAUAUCCAAGCGGAGUUAAACUUGAAAUGGGUAAAGAAUUGACCCCAACUCAAGUCAAAGAUAAGCCCGUUGUUAAAUGGGCAGCCAAAGAAGGCGAGUACUAUUUACUGGCAAUGGUCGACCCAGACGCUCCGAGUCGAGAAAAUCCAAAGUUCCGUGAGUGGCAUCAUUGGCUCGUUGGUAACAUUUACGGGGGUGACAUGAAUAAAGGUGAAGUGCUAAUCGAUUAUGUUGGGUCCGGUCCACCUAAAGGAACUGGACUACAUCGCUACGUGUUUUUGGUGUACAAACAACCAGAGAAAAUUAACUAUUCCAAAGUAAACAAAAUCCCUAAUAAUUCGGGUGAGAAAAGGGGAAAGUCUUCGAUUGCAAAAUUUACUCAACAAUAUAAAAUGGGUGGACCAGUCGCUGGAAACUUUUAUCUAGCCAAAUAUGAUGAUUAUGUUCCAAAAUUAUAUGCUCAACUGAAAGGCUAA